GGAAGUAAACUUCAGCCUUCAGAAAGCAGAGCUGUAUAUUCUAACCUCGAAAACUGAUUAGUCAAGUUCCGAGCUUAGGUGUUGGUGGAUGAAUAGUGUGAUCAAAGUUUUAAAAAUGAGUAAAUUCAAUGUAUUUCUAAUUCAAACUUGCAUUAUCGUUAUUUCCGUAGUUCAUGCAGAAUGGAAUACAAACGAUUUUAUGAAACGCGAACACUCACUAAUUAAACCUUAUCACAGCGUUGGAAUCGCUAUCCCGAAUUGGGAUUUCAUGGGCAGUACAAUGGUUACUCACAACCAUGUGAGAUUAACAAAAGAUGAACAGAGUUUGCAGGGAGCAUUAUGGAAUUCUGCCCCAGUUCAAGUGAAGAAUUGGGAGCUGCAGGUGCAUUUCAAAGUGCACGGACGAGGCAAGGAGUUGUUUGGUGAUGGAAUGGCCAUCUGGUAUGCAAGAGAAAGAAUGAAACCUGGCUCGGUUUUCGGAAACACCGACUUCUUUUCGGGCCUGGCGAUUUUCCUCGACACCUACAGCAACCAUAAUGGUGAACAUAAUCAUCAACAUCCGUACAUAUCUGGUAUGGUGAACAAUGGUACGUUGCACUACGACCAUGACAGAGAUGGAACUCACACCCAGUUGGCCGGCUGUGAAGCUAAGUUCAGGAAUUUGGAUCACGACACGCACAUUGCAAUCCGCUACCAAGAAGACGUUCUCACCGUUUUGACGGAUAUCGAUAACAAGGCAGCGUGGAAGGAGUGCUUCGUGGUGAAGGGCAUACGUCUGCCGACCGGUUACUACUUCGGCGUGUCGGCGGCCACCGGCGACCUCUCAGACAACCAUGAUAUUCUGUCUAUCCGCCUCUAUGAGUUGGACCUGCCUGGAGAAACAAAAGAUGAUGAAGAUAGAUCUCAAAUAAUGCCAUCAGCGACUUUCUAUGAACCAACAAGAGAACGAAUCGAAGACGAUAAACCAGCAAUGGGUGGUGUGAAGACCUUCCUACUGAUGCUACUUGUUGCUAUUGUGCUCAUAGUGCUGGGUGUUUUUGGCAUCAUGAUGUACCAGAAACAUCAAGAAAACGCAAGGAAACGCUUCUACUAACUGAACGAACGAUUUACGCAAUGGAUUCAAAGUUCAUGAGCCAAAAAUACUUGUGUAAUUCAAGGCUGUGCAAAAGCUAAAAAUCAACUUUCUACUUGUGAUAUUUUUCAAAGUUUUUCUAUGUGUAUACUAUCAAGCUAUCAAAAUUAAAAAGUUUUCUCAGGAAAACAUUUUUUCCGAUCAUUAAUUUUUGAGAUAUGAGCGCCUAAAGUUUAAAUUUUUGGGACAGAACAUUUCAAAUACGGUAAGAGAUAAAUCCAUGAGAUUCAGAGGAUAGAUUCUUCAUGGUAUUGUUGAUCUAGUAAAACAAAAAUUUUCUGAAAAUAUCAAUUUUUGAGUAAGUUAUUCAAUUUAAUAAAAAUGACCAAAAAUAACUUUUAAAUUUGGUCAAUUUUGGUAAAUUGGAUAACAUUCUCAAAAAUUGAUAGUUUCAGAAAAUUUUUGUUUUACUAGAUCAACAAUACCAUGAAGAAUCUAUCCUCUAAAUCUCAUGGAUAUAUCUCUUACCGUAUUUGAAAUGUUCUGUCCCAAAAUUUUAAACUUUAGGCGCUCAUAUCUCAAAAAUUAAUGAUCGGAAAAAAUGUUUUCCUGAGAAAACUUCUUAAUUUUGAUAGCUUGAUAGUAUACACAUGGAAAAACUUUGAAAAAUAUCACCAGUAGAAAGUUUAUUUUUAGCCUUUGCACAGCCUUAAUUGCGAAUCAUCGUAGGAUUUCUGUUGAAUUUCACUAAAUUUGAUGUAGCAAAUGCCAUAAGUCGAUGCUACUGGAUUACUCUAUAGCCACAUUCACUUUAAACUGUCAUUAAUUAUUAUUGGUUAAAUGGGAAGCAUUGUAUGAGGAUUACUGGCAAUUUAAAUUAAAUCUCACUAAAUUCGUACCACAGUGAAAGGAUAUCAUAGUUCUAUUAUUUCUCUAUGGUAUUAUGUAGUGUACUUUUUUGUAAACAUAUUGUUGUCUCAGAAUAUCAUCGUUUUUUUUCUUACUAUCACACAUAAUUUACCCACUGAUUUAUAGAUAUUCAUCAAUUUAUUCUUGAAUAUUUCCCAAAAAAUUCUAACGAGUUAUCAUUUCAUAAUGGAUUAAAUAUUUCCCCCAAAAUUAUCAAAAAUCUAACCAGUGAUAGUUUCAAAAUGGAUUGAGCUAUCAUUAGUUAAAUACUUAGUUCCUAUGAGUUUGAAAUCUUGAUUCAUUUUUUCCGUUUUGAAUUGGAAUAACUUUUACCCAUCACUCGGCAGCUUUUCAUUGAUUGCCUGAAAUCUCUGACCACAGUAGACCCAUCGACGAUCUUCCAAUAUCUUUUUAGAAUAUUAAGUAUUGCCAAAGGAAUCAAUACAAAAGUGUAAAUUACUUGUACAUAUAAAUUUAUCAAAGUCACUUGUUUAUAUCACUUUUAGAUGCAAAUGAUGUUGUCUUUUACCCAUUAUAAUAUUUUUAUAUAAGAAAUCCCAUGUGAUUAUAAUGCCUUCGUCUGUAAGCGACCUUAAUAUACAUUUAUAUAAUAUUUACGUAAAUGAUAAAAUUACCUUGAAGACAAAAUUUAAGUUUUUCAGUUAACUUUAGGCUAUAUCAAAUUUACCUUUAUGUCUGAAAUACAAAAACAUGUUUCAAGUUUAACAUUCAAGCUUCAAAUUUGAUUGAAUUUUCUUCAUGAUUUUUCUAAUACAAUCGAGAAUGAUUCUCAAGUUUAUUGGGACGUUUGUUUUGUUCAAGGAUUCUCUAGUAUAUUAUUUUAUUGGGAAGUUAGUUUUGUUUGCCAUAUUGACUUAUGUAUGAAAAGGCAAUUCAGAGUAACUAGAAUACCUCCUAUCAUUAAUAAUUUAUUGUAUUUUAAUUGGAUGAUACUAGAACUAUCUUUUCCAAAUUUGUUCAAAUUGUUUGUCUAUUAGGUUCUGAAACUGAAUAAUUUCCGUACGAUACCUCUGUCCUCCCCUACUACUAUAAGAAAGUGAGUUUCAAUUGGUUGUUAAGAAUAACUAGUCUCAAAUGAAUAUUUGUCAAAAUCGAUGGAUUUUACUGUCUGUACAAUGUUAAUGAAUUGUACGCUAUUUUAUACUAUAAUUUAUUGGAAUGGAAGGUCUCAGUAGUUGUAUUUUAAUUGCAUGGUUGAAAUGUAAAAAUGUUACAUUAAGGAUGAUCGUAAACAUUGAUAUUUUGAUUUGUAUGGUUGACUUUUUCUGGAUAACUUACAUAAUAUUGAUGUCAAAUAUAAUGUUUCAGUAUUUAUGGAAUGUAACUUAUUUGUAAUAAAAAUGUUUAAACUCAA